AUGGGCUUGUUGUCAUGGGUCCUUCCGAGCGGUCGGAUCGCCUUCUACCACGCCAAAGACAAUAACCUCCUCCUAACCAAGGCCUCGGAGAAAUCAGAUGUAAAAGAGCAAACGUCUUUAGUAGACAUAUGUCGUGCCGCGACCCCCAAAACCUGUCAUCUGAACCCCUUGCUUUUUAACGGGCACCUGCAGACUGGCUGGACCCAGAUGAACCCUGAUAAUGUUCCAGUCUACUACAAGAGAAAAGUCUUUGACUCGGACAUGCCCAUGUUUACUGGACAAUAUGCCAUCGAUUUCGCGGUUAAGCCAUAUGACAUGCCCCUAGAGGGAGAGCUAACGGACAAGGCAAGGGAGUUUACAUUGCCAGACGGCCUGCCACCCCGCACAUCUUUCUUUUCAAACGAAGAAUUCUCCAAUAUUGAAUCAGAUGAUUCGAAACCAAUGUUGGUGCUUCUGCAUGGUCUGAGUGGUGGCUCGCAUGAGAUAUACUUACGCCAUGUCCUGGUUCCUCUGUUAAAGGAUGGCUCCUGGGAAGCCUGUGUGGUGAACUCAAGGGGCUGUGCACAAACCAAGAUUACCUCAGGUGUACUCUACAACGCACGAGCAACAUGGGAUAUCCGUCAAACCGUGAAAUGGCUUCGAAAGACAUAUCCUAAUCGUCCUCUUUUCGCCAUCGGUUUCUCACUUGGGGCUAACAUCCUCGCUAAUUAUCUUGGAGAGGAAGGGGAAGACUGUCAAAUCAAGGCAGCUGUCAUCUGUGGAAGUCCCUGGAACUUGGAUGUCAGUUCCACCACUCUUCAGCAAACCUGGAUAGGUCGAGAAAUUUAUAGUAAGACCAUGGGAAAUAACAUGAAAGGUUUAUUCGAGAGACAUGUGGACUCAAUUUCCAAGAACCCUCGCGUCGAUGUUGAAGCAGUUAGAAAGAGCACUUACCUACACGAGUUCGAUCGGAAUUUACAAUGCGCCACAUGGGGCUAUCCUACUGAAGGUGCAUACUACCGUGAUGCGAGCUCUACUGAUGCGAUGCUUGGAAUUCGCAUUCCCUUCCUCUGUAUCCAGGCCGAAGAUGAUCCAUCCAUCCUGCUUAUUGAAAAUCAGAUUGUUUCACCAGAGGCGCUACCAUACCAAGAAAUGACUCAAACACCAUACGGAGUUAUGUUAACCACAUCCUGGGGUGGACAUCUAGGCUGGUUUGAGGCUGGGGGUUCUCGGUGGUUCGUGAAACCAGUCAACAACUUCCUUAAUACCAUGGCGAAGGAAAUCGAUACAAAGAUCCCAGGUGUAGUUGAGCACCUCGAUAAGUUGCCGGGCCAAGUCGCAUACCACCCUGGGAUGGACAAGGAUGCAGACGUGGCUCCUAAGCCUGAGUUUGGUCCUGUUCGUCGCAAGCUUGACAUGAAACUAGCGCAGUAA